AUGGUUUACGGUGCCAGGCACGUUGGACAGAUUGAGGUUCAUAUGCAAGCUGCCAUUAUGCAAAGGCCUGUUGGUGUUGAGUAUGAUCCCGGCAACAUCUCUAUGAACUCUAUCGAUUGUGUAGUCCUAGGGAUGCUUCCAUCACAGCAGCAAGCAAGAGGGAGCCGCAAGUGA